AAACGGUGCGUUUUGAGUUUGACAGUUUGAUGAGUUUUCUGGACGUGCCUCCGUGUCCGUGGCUAAACAACGAGAAGGAAGUUGAACGGAGAAGAAGUUUAUCCACUCUAAUCUAUAGGCUAUAGCCGUGUGAAAGCUGGAAAAAAAAAAAAGAGCGAAGAGACGAGCUCCAGUAAAUGGAGCUAGCUUCGAAUCUCUCGGCUGCUUUCCCCGGGGAUAGGUUCACGGUCGCGACGCAUUCCAGCCUCACUUUAACCCGCCAUUUCAGCGCGAGGAAAGCCACUCAAUUUCGAUACAGUGCCACAAGCGGUUCCAACACCGAGCAGAGAAGAAGUAGCCCGCCACUUGCCUUCUCGAGGAAACAUCAGCUUUUGAUCGACGAAAUUCAAAUCGACGAAGCUGACUAUGAAGAGGAAGAUGAAGAUGAAGAAGUUAGCGAGGAAGAUUCGCGUUUGCUGUCGCUCAGCGUGAAGCCUAACAGAAGCAUGGCUUUGCUUGACGACUACGAGAUGGAAGAACUCGACUACUCCGCUGACCCUAACCAUCGAAGUGGAUAUGUUGCUGUGGUUGGUAAACCGAAUGUUGGAAAGAGCACAUUGUCUAACCAAAUGAUAGGGCAGAAGUUGUCUAUAGUUACGGAUAAGCCUCAGACUACCAGGCAUCGAAUUCUUGGUAUAAGUUCUGGCCCAGACUACCAGAUGGUACUCUACGACACACCGGGUGUGAUCGAGAGGAAAAUGCACAAGCUGGAUACCAUGAUGAUGAAGAAUGUUCGGAGUGCAGCAGUUAACGCAGACUGUGUACUAGUUAUCGUUGAUGCAAGCAAAAUGCCAGAAACGAUUGAUGAGGUGUUUGAAGACGAAGGUGCUGGUAGUCUAAGAGACAAUGUGCCUAUCCUGCUGGUGCUGAACAAAAAAGACCUCAUAAAACCUGGUGAAGUUGCAAAGAAGCUUCAGUGGUACGAGAAACAUACCAAUGUCGAUGAGGUUAUUCCUGUCAGUGCAAAAUAUGGUCAUGGGGUGGAAGAUAUCAAGGAAUGGAUACUAUCCAAACUUCCAAAGGGGCCUGCUUACUAUCCAAAGGACAUCAUUAGCGAGCACCCGGAAAGAUUCUUUAUUGCAGAAAUAGUAAGAGAAAAGAUCUUUAUGCAAUUCCGCAAUGAAGUUCCUUAUGCAAGUCAGGUAAAUGUGGUUAGCUAUAAAGCUAGGCCAGGAGCAAAAGAUUUUAUGCAGGUGGAGAUCAUUGUUGAGAAGAACUCCCAGAAGAUCAUAAUGCUUGGCAGGGAUGGAAAGGCCAUGAAAUUACUAGCAACAGCAGCUAGACUUGACAUUGAAGAUUUCCUGCAGAAAAAAGUCUACCUUGAGAUCGAGGUGAAAGUGAAAGAGAAUUGGCGGCAAGAUGAGGGCCUACUGAAGCACUACGGGUAUGGCGGACAAAUUCGAGCGUUGUGAUCGGGCAGCCACUUCCUCCACAUCUUCAUCCUCUCGGAAUGUAAUGUAAGUGAAAGAUGCAAGAAUAUAAUUGUUCAACUUUGCCAGGGGAACAGUUUUGUCUUAAAGGUUGGAGGAAUAUGAUUUUGUUUUUUUUUUUGCUGAGUCUCCUCUUUCUGUUUGAAAUGAACAAAAAUAUUAUUUUAAUAAGGAGGUAAUAUGCACAGGAGCUAGAGUUGCAAAUGAGGCGAGUCGAGCCGAGUUUUGACCUAUUUUGAGUUUGACUCGUUAAUAAACGAGCCGAGUCCGAACUGGACUUGUUUACUAGAACCUUGGCUUGUGCUCGACACGAGCUCGACUUAUGAACUUAUCAAUGAACGCACGAGCUCUUCUCAAGCUCUCAUCAAUCAGCUUGCCAGAUUGGCUCUAGCUGUUCAAGGGAUGUAAUUUAAUAGUAAUUAGUCAUGAGUAAUCUAUGAUACAUCAUUUUUAUUUAAUAUUAUAAAUGAAACAUUAAUCACGUG